ACAAUGCAGCUGCGGCAGGUAUUUAGGGCGUGGCCUAUAGCAUAGGUGUGUGCGAGGAAGAGCUAGUUUCAGGUGCUUCAGCGUUCACAGCUCGCGACGACACAGGAGAAGCCACUGACACGACUGCACAUGUAGUUUUUUUUUAUUUAUAACUUUGCAGCACUCUUGUGAAGGGCAACAUAGUAACGAGGUACAAACAGACUUCAGUUGGAGCGUUUUUGGAAGAUGCAUUCCGCCAGAUAUGAAUACGACAGCCGUAAUGGCAAUCAUGAGCGGAUUGACUUCCUAACCAGCAAAGAGAAGGUGCCAUCAAAGCGGAAGGUCGGCAUCUUGAUCGGGGUUCUUGUGGCACUUCUCAUCCUUGCAGCUGUUGCAGCGUUCCUCGUUUGGCUGUUUGUCUUUAAAGAUGCCGAUUCAGAAACCAGCCUUAGUAAGCAGCUCAGCCCAUCAGUCCGGGUCUUCAGUGGGCAAAUGAAGUUGGUUGAUAUACCGUAUGACCAGAAUCUAGAGGAUACCGACAGCAACGCAUUCGAGGAUUUGGCGGUCAACCUGCAGGCAAUUCUGGAGGAAAGCUACAAGAAAGAUCCAUUACUCGCAAAAUACUACACUACGUCUGUGGUCACUGCAUUCAGUGAGGGUGUGACAGCCUACUAUUGGUCCCAGUUUGAUAUUCCGGUCGAAAACCUGGAGAUUGUGCCGAGGUUCUCAGAGGAGCGAGUGUUGCAGACUCUGGAGAAUAGCAUUAAGGAGCAGCGCAGCGUGCUGAACCACAAGAAUAUCAAGAUCAGUAAAAUCACUGCCUCAGCCACAGAUUCUCGCAUGGCCAGGAACCCCAGAGCCAAUGAGUGUUUCUACCGUCUGGAGGCUGAAGAAACAGUGAAGACAUUUUCAUCACCAGGGUACCCCACAGGCUACCCCCCCACGUCUCGGUGUCAGUGGCAAAUCCGAGCUUCACAGGACAAUGCAAUAUCUGUCAGUUUCCCUUUUUUCCACAUCGAGGAUGACUGCCAUGAUGACUUUGUCUUCAUCUAUGACUCUUUGAGUCCAGAUGAUUCUCAGGCCAUCACAGAGAAGUGUGGUCAGAGGCCCCCCUCCAACCCUCUGGAGGUGGUGUCAUCCGGCAACAUCAUGCUGAUUAACUUGAUUACUGACAGUGAUGUCCAGAGGCCUGGCUUCGAGGCCAAAUACAGCUCCAUCCCCAUUUCUAAAGGGAAAACCUGUGGUGGCGUCCUCUCUGAAAGCAAAGGAGUCUUCACCUCCCCACUUCACCCCAGCUUCUAUCCUCCUUCUGUGGACUGCAAGUGGACCAUCAAGGUCUCUACUGAGAUGAAGGUGCGGGUGAAGUUCACCAUGUUCCGCAUGAAAGAGCCUGGGGUGGACACCCGUGUGUGUCACAAAGACUAUGUGGAGAUUGCGGGCACCAAGUAUUGCGGAGAAAUGUCCUCUUUGGCUCUGACCAGUGAUACCAACAGCCUAGAUGUGAGCUUCCACUCUGAUAAGUCCUACACUGACAAAGGGUUCAGAGCCGAGUACAGUGCCUACGAUCCCGCAGACCCUUGCCCCAACAGGUUCGCCUGCAACUCUGGCAUCUGCAUCGCUAAAGAACUGAAAUGUGAUGGCUGGAACGACUGUGGUGAUAUGAGCGAUGAGUUGAAGUGCCAGUGUGAGAAGGACCAGUUUUCUUGUGGGAAUGGUUUGUGCAAACCGAGACUUUGGGUGUGUGAUCGCAACAACGACUGCGGAGACGGGAGCGAUGAGAAACAAUGCAGUUGUGAGGAGAAUGAGUGGCGCUGUGGUAACGGGGUUUGUCUGCCUCAGGAGGUUGUGUGUGACAGUAAGAAGGACUGUGAAGAUGGAAGUGACGAGGCCUCUUGUAAAACAUCUCCGGGUAUCUGCUCUGACUUCAGCUUCAAGUGUAAGAACAAAGAAUGUGUCAACAAGGUGAAUGCCGAAUGUGACCGUGUCGACGACUGCUCUGAUAGCUCAGACGAGGCCAGCUGUGAUUGUGGCACCAGGCCCUAUAAGCUGAACCGCAUCGUAGGAGGGCAGAAUGCUGAGCUGGGGGAGUGGCCAUGGCAGGUCAGCCUUCACUUCCAGACCAAUGGCCACGUUUGUGGUGCCUCAAUCAUAUCUGACAGGUGGCUCCUUUCGGCCUCCCACUGUUUUGUCACCAGCGACCUAGCGAACCGUGUUGCAUCCAACUGGCAAACCUACAGUGGCAUGCAGGACCAGUACAAGCAGGAUGGCGUACAGCUCCGCCUAUUGAAGAGGAUCAUCUCCCACCCGGAUUACAACCAGAUGACCUUUGACUAUGACAUUGCACUGCUGGAGCUCAGCGCGCCGCUGGAGUUCACCAACACCAUCCAACCCAUCUGCCUACCCGCUUCCUCCCACGUCUUCCCUGCAGGCAUGUCCUGCUGGGUCACAGGCUGGGGCGUGCUCAGAGAAGGAGGUCGAAAGGCACAGCUGCUGCAGAAGGCAUCCGUGAAAAUCAUCAACGACACGGUGUGUAACAUGGUCACUGAGGGCCAAGUCACCUCCAGGAUGCUCUGCAGUGGAUUCUUGGCCGGAGGAGUUGACGCAUGCCAGGGAGACUCCGGAGGCCCCCUGGUGUGUUUCGAGGAGAGUGGUAAGUGGUUCCAGGCUGGCAUCGUGAGCUGGGGUGAGGGCUGUGCUCGUCGGAACAAGCCCGGUGUCUACUCGCGUGUCACCAAGCUGAGAGAGUGGAUCAGGAAGGAGACAGGGAUUUGAUGAUGAUGAUGUGAGGCAAAGGGAGGGAUGCAGAGUGGGGAACAACGUCAAUGUGCUAAAAAUAAUGGAGAUGGAACAUUUGAGUCUGAUUCAGGACAAGUCUCUCCAAGAUUUAUUCAUUUAGCAGCAGACUGAGGAUACUGCUGUAUGGACCCAGCUACUCACAUGAAUGACUUAAAGCACUUCAUUUGGUUGCUAACCCUCUUUUUCCCCACUCCUCUCUCACACACACUCACACUCAAACACACACAUACACACUUACUUACUUAGACAUAAACCACAUCAACUCAUAUUUUGUAUAGUUUUUAAAGGCGUAAAUCAGCUCAGUGUCUUUUACCCCCAUCAAUAUUGUCAUGUUUUGCUGGUGAAUAUACCCUGUGUACAAAUAAUGAAAUAUGCAUAUUCUGGAAAUUAUUUUACCAAUAUUUGCCCAAUGUUACAUUUUAUGAUGGAUGCAGAAUAUUAACACUUUACACCAUUUUUCCUGUGUGUGUGUUUCUGAAUACAAUAUCCCUUAGUAAUGUGUAUUUCUAAACAUGUGAGAUGCCUUCAUCCUCUUGGGAUGAAUGUCACACUUCACCAGUGGGCUCAUGCUGUAGAUAGAUAUAAAUUUGGGGUUUUAUUUAUAAAGUAUCUUAAAGGACCAAACCACUAUUUUUAGCAGAUUUGCUACAAAACACUCUCACAUUACUGCUGACCAUUUUCCAUAGCAUAGAUUUUUAGAAUGAUUUUUUUUUUAACUACCAGACAGCCAUUAGUCUCAGUUUUUAUCACUAAAGUAUAAACAUCAACUUGUAGAGACAUCUGCAUCAUCAUGUGAUAACAGAAGUUAAGACAAAAACAAAAGAAUGAGAAAAGAAAAAAGACUGAAUAUGCAGGGGCAUUUUCAUAUCAUACUAGAAUGAAAACCAGAAGCUGCCUGGGAGGUAAAAAAAAAAAAAAAAUGCAUCAAUCAAUCUAAAAGCCCACAGUUUGCUUUGGGAAAAUGGCCAGCAGUAAUGUUAAGUAUACCAGAUUUGUUGUCGGUGGGCUAAAACAGGCACCAACACUAACAUGGUGCGUGAAGACUGUUGAUCUGAGACCGGAUUGAUGCUUACGUUGUUUGAAGUUGUUGUUGAUCUGAACAGGGUUCCUAGAUCAGUAUUUUUUACAUAUUUAUAGAUGCUUACUGGCCUUGCCUGGUCUGUGAAUGCCUUGCCAAAAUGUGAUAUUCAAAAUAGGGGGGCGGAGGAGGAUGAUUAGAUCCAGUUGGCUUUUGCACAGGUCUCUAGUUAAACUCAGGGUGAUUGGGGUCUUCAGUCACACACAUUUGAGAGGCAAAGCAAACCAAUGGGGGUUUUCACUAGUUGCCAGAACAAUGCAAUGAGUUCUUAUCCCUAUGAGAAUUUCCGCUCUUUGGUCACAACCAACUCAAUCGACUUUUAAAUCUAAGAUUGGACUAGAUGUUUUUUUUUUUUUUUUUUUAAACUCUAUUUCCCUUCAUCUCUGACUAAAAUACUGUAUCCUGGAUAAGCAAACCAAAGAUUUGCAUAAGUAUUCUUUAUUGAAGAGGAAAUAUUGUUAUUAUUGAGCAUUGUACACUGUGACUGAUUUGGAUUAUGGACAUACUUUAUAACCUUUCUUUUGUGUGUUUGUAUAUGUUUUUAUACUAAAGAGUCACGAUAAUAAACAUCUUUUAUCUGAUUUCUCAGUA